UCUAAAUAAAAUCUCUGCCUUAGCAUAAAAGCAAGUCUUCCUCUGGGCCUGCUCCAUCACAGCUAGUUUGUAUUAGACAAAACAAAGGGUGAAUUUGCAGACAAACACUUGAGGGGGGAAGUAAGAUAGUCCUUUGAUUUGACCUUUUAUAUGCACUGAAGGCUAAAGAUUGGUGGAUGGUGUCGAGCUCCUCCUCUUGACAAAUGCAUGCAGACAAAAGGAUCAGUCCGUUUGCACUACUGGCCUGUUAUGAGAACGUAUUGGGACAUCUGCAGCUGGCCAACGAUCACCUCUUUGGAACUUUCUUUUGUUUUAUUUUCCCAAAUAGGAAGAUGUUAGGAAUUCAUACACUGCAUUGCUCAGCAGGUGUCCCGCAAUUUAAUCUUGCAGCAAUACUGAUCAUGAUCACCUGCUGUGGCCCAGUCUCCCCCCUGCAUGCCCCUUCGGUGACAACGGUUCUCCGCUCAGCUUUUUCUGCUACACGCACCAGCAGCAUAGUGGGGGGCAAGCAGAGUGUUGUGACUUUUAACAAGCUCUUGGUUAACAUCGGGGGGGAUUUCAAUCCAGACACGGGUUGCUUUCGUUGCCGCCUCCCAGGAGUGUACUACUUCUCCUUUUCAAUGGGGAAAUUUCCAAAUAAAAUGCUCUCUGUCAUUUUGGUGAAGAAUGGGCGGGAGGUGCAGGCCAUGGCGUAUGACGGCUACCGCAAGAAAGGCAGGAAAGUUCAAAGUCAAAGCCUAAUGAUCACUUUGGGGGAAAUGGACACAGUGUGGUUGAUGUUGCCGCAAAACUCUCAGUAUGCCUUGUACAGCAAUGCCGGCCCUUACGUCAGCUUCUCUGGUUACCUCGUGUAUCCUGACACUUCUUCAAGCAGCUUGUAUAUCAGCAACCACCUGACCCCUCACCCAAACUGUCCCACGCAGGCUGAAUCUCGGCUCAGACACCAGCCAUUCGAGCACCCCAGAUCGGCCUUCUCCGUGGCACGGUCAUCCACGUUUAUAGGUGUGAGUCGCAAGAAGCAGCAGCAGAAAUCACCUCUGACCUUCGACGUAGAAUUUGUCAACAUCGGGGGCCAUUUUAACAAGUCCUCGGGCAAGUUCACCUGCCGCUUCCCGGGAGCUUACUAUUUUGCAUUCACGGUGGGUAAACACCCUCGUAAGGCUCUUUCAGUGAAGCUGAUGACUGGGCAGGGCGUGGUACAGGCCAUGGUGUUUGAUGACGACACGUCCAAAAGACGAGAGAUGCAGAGUCAGAGCUUGAUGCUGCUCCUUCGCCAGGGCGACACUGUAUGGCUGUACAGUCAGCACGAUAAUCGCUACGCCGUGUACAGCAACCAGGGGAGGUACACCACCUUCUCAGGCUUCUUGGUGUAUCCUGACGCCAACCCACUCACACAGACACACAAGUACGGACUGUAACCGUGAAUACCAUCAUCGCUGUUUAUUCUUAUUAGAAAAAAAAGUAUAUACAAGCUGUUAAACAAAAGUGUUUCACAAAUUUCUUUUCAUUUGCAAUGGUUAUGUGUUUAUGGACUACAGGAUAUCUAUGAACUGACCAAAAGUAAUUCCAGUGGGUGAGUCAUUUGGGAAUAUCUCCACGAGGUGGUGCUGUGACACAAUUAUCAAAUUACUCGCUAUCUUCCUAAACAAAUCAGGUCAGCUUUAUUGUCAAAUACGAUCGAUGUACAAAAUACAGCACCGAUGAAAUUUCUUUCUUGGCCACGCAUAUGGAGCGUGUGAGCGCAAAUCGUGUAAAUGUUGUAUAGUGAUCUUGUCAGUGAGGGAACAUGUGGGACUUUUAUGAGCUCAGGUGUUACCGUUUUGUUAUCUUGAUCGUGAUGUGUUCAGGUGUUGUGUGUGUUUAAUCCAAGAUUAAACAUAGUAGAAAUCAAAAAGAUGUUUUAAAAUGUGUCGUUUCUUGACAGUGCAAUAUGGUACAGUGUGUGGAGCUGAGCU